CUACUGAAGUGCGACGUGUGCCAGGAUUCCUACCAUGCAAAAUGUCUCAGUGAUAACCAUCCCACUGAGCCAUCUAAGAAUAAACAGAUAUGGGUUUGUUCAAAGUGCGUUCGUUGCAGAAGUUGCGGUACUAGGGUACCGACUCCUAUAAACACGUCAUCAUCUUCCUCUUUGCUAGUAUCACUCUGGAGCCAUGAUUUUUCUCUCUGUUAUACCUGUGGAGAUAUGAUGGAUAAAGGAAACUUCUGUCCAGUUUGUCACAAAUGUUAUCAGGAGGAUGAUUGGGAAUCUCAAAUGAUCCAGUGCUCCUCGUGCAAUAGCUGGGUCCAUGCUAAGUGCGAACAACUCAAUGAUGAGAUGUACCAAGUAGUUGUCCACAUGGCAGAGGACGUUCCGUUCACUUGCAAGGAGUGC